GUCUGAAAUUUUAGUACUCCUUUAAUCUUCCUUUUCUUUUGCCCGUACAAUAUCCCCUGGCGCCAGACCUUGUUGGUACCUGAUUUCAGAGUAACAUACUGAUCUUCGAGCGUGGGAUGGGGUGUCUGCUUCUGUUCGCGGUAGAAUCCGACGUCAGUUGCUACCACUUCCUUGCCAGCAGUCAUUCCAUUCGGCACAAAUCACGGAUGUCUCUUUUCCCCCUCCUCCCUCCGCCAUCUCUCUAUCUCUCUCUCCCUCCCUCCCCCCCUCUCUCUCUCUUAUUCCUAAAUCACGCCGCAUCUUCUGAUCGCUGUACCAACUCACAAUCCCGGACUUCAUGGUUCCCGGUCCGAGUCGAAAUCAGAUUCACAAUUAUCCUCCUCAUCACAUCCAUAUGUUCCCAAUCAUUAUUUUGCACACUUUUCUCCCGCUCACGUGAGAUCUUCUCCAGCCUGUACUGUAUUCUCAUGAUAUGGGCUCUCAUUGCCAGGAAUUUUCCUCAGGGCUCAUGGUCAAACCGCCAAACUGGGCUGCAGAUUACAGACACAGAGUGACAGAGUGAUGGGAGAAAGGGCAGCGAGCUCCCCUUUUUGUACC